ACAAGCGAACCAGGGUUGUUCAUAGUUAUCCGCAAUCGCACAUAAAUACCAUAAUUGUAAGAGUCUCUCUACUCUUAAUGUAGAGUAAAUAUAAUUAUUCACAAGAUAUGCACCAUCGGGUCGAGUGGCUGCCAUGAUUAGCAGAAUAAGAUCAAAGUUUUGACAAUUUGUAGUAGGACAAGCCGGUGGAGCCAUCAAUCUAGUGGCCACAGAAAAGAGGAAGAAAGCGCGGAAGGAUCCCAACACUGCAGCCUGUCCUAUCCACAUACACAACUUGACUUACUCUCCGUGGAAAUAUUUAUUCGAUACAUAGGUGACAAUGUCAAUGGAUCCAGGAGGUUGUCGUUUAAGCGGCGGUGGUGGAAGUGACAACCACUACGGAAGCGAUGGUUCGCGAGGUGGAAUGAUCACACUGGAAGACCUAGAAUCAUUCUCGGAGGACCAACUCUCAGACUCGGGGAGCGGUAGUUUGGAGGAAGAUGGCCAGGCUAUGGAAGAAGACGAGUCCAACAGAAUGUUCCACUACUGGCAGGAUGCCGCAAGGGGACAUCAAGUGGAAGUUCCCAGAGAUAUGGCGGAGCCAAUCUACCAGCUGACCACAAACAAUGAAGGCGCACAUGAACGAGAGAGCGUCCCCUUCACUCUCAUCAGCCGCAAGGAGAAGUGUGGGGAGGUUCUCUAUGAGAAGCGACACUAUGAGAAGGCCUACUGGGCCUGCACCACGGUCAACGAGGAGACCUAUGAGCAGAGCAUCUGCUAUGGCUUCAUGAAGCUCAUGAGAUACAUCUGUCAGCAGAACUCCACAGGCAGCUAUCUGGGACUGACCAUUCCCAUUUUGACGGUGGUGCGCAUGGAUGCUCUGCACCAAACCAUGUCCAGAGCGGUGACCGUGGCCUACCACCUACCCACCUACCUCCAAGCCCAGCCGCCAUGCCCUAAUGACACGGACAUAGUCGUCGAGGAGUGGGCUGCCACUGUCGUCUACACAAGGGCUUUCACUGGGCCAACCAAUGAGGAAACCAUUUUACACCAGAUGAACACAAUGGUAGAGAUCUUGGGUUCCCCCCAAAUGCCCCUGAAUGACUCCUUCAUCGUGGCUGGGUACACAAACCCCGCUGCCACCAACCGGCAAAAUGAGAUCUGGUUCAUCGAGCGGCCCUGAGAGCCAUACCACUACCUCCUGCACUACAAACCCACCCCCCUUCCCCCAUACCAUCCAUCCUUUUGCUUCAUGACUCUUAACCACCUCCACCACGCAAUUCCAGUUCUGUGCAAGCGAAUUCUUCAAAAGCCAGCAGAAGCACUUUACAUUACACUUUGAGACUCCCGUCUGCACUCCUUUUCAUAGAACAUUCCGGAGUCAAACCUCAUGCAGUCAGGAAAAAGGGUUGGUCUUAAUUCCAUUUUUUAAAAGAUCGGCAAUUGUGAUUCUUCCUGCAAUCAAUCAUCCGGUGACACCAGUUAUUCAGAAAGUUGCUUCAGGGUUUCUCACAUAAUCACUGCUUUACAGUUACAGCGAGUGAUAUGCUCUUUAGAUAGGAACACAAGGCACUCUGGUGAAACAGUAUCCGUCAACCUCAUAAAACACAAACACACACAAACAUUUAAAGAAGUCAAGAAAAUGAAUGUAUCAGUGUGUGAGUUUAAGAAAGAAAAAAUGCAAUUAGUUUAGAAUAACAGAACUGGUUUGCUGUAUGAUAAUCAGUACAUUGUUUGUAUCCCAUAUGCCACUGUGCUCCUUUCCAGGAAGAAAUGCUUACCUCAUUAUUGAAACCAUAUACCUCUCUUGCUCUGUAUGUCCCAGACAUUGCUUUUUGUCAAUGUUCACUGAGUGCACGCACCAUUUUAAUCUACCUGGCACUUUUUGUUGAUUGAGGAACUCGCAAUUCGGGAAACCAGAAAUGGGCAUAUUAAGCUUAAAGUUCAGAAGGACAGUAUGCUACAGGGUUCAAAACCAAAUAAACUUGAACAAGCUUUUUCAGGAUCUGUUUAUUUUUUUUUUCUCUAAUAUGAUUUUUAUAAAGAAACUAAUUUGUUAAAUUGCUAAUGUUUUAAAUUGAUCAUAUUUUGACAUUUAAAAAAAUGUUGUCACACGACACUAAUCCAAACCUGUCUGUUUAUAAUCCUGGGGACAUUAAUUAUGAGUAAUGUUAGUUGUUGUUUAACAUUAUCUUCACCUUCCCACAUUGGGACCUAGUUCUUUUAAAAUGGCUGAAUUACCAACCAGGAGAUGCCAUUUUAGUGUAGAAAUAUUGAGUAUGUGGGCACAGGAGUAGACCUUACUCAGGUAUUGAAUUUGGAGGGGGAGCUGAAGACUUUCAAUGAAGGUGAAUGUCAGCUGGAUAUCUAGGAGCCUCUUGUUCAGGUGUUUUAGUUUGCUUGUUCUGUCAGUGUAAAAGUGUUGUACAAGACGUUUCAAUCAAAAUGAAGUUAAUCGAGAAGAGCUACUGUGGAUUCCUUGAUUAUUUUGCUGACAUCUGUUCCCUUUCUUUGGAAAGUAAUAAAAUGUAAACUGAUCACUUGAGAA